AUGAAGACCCUUGUCCUCCUCCUUAUCUACCUGAACUCAUGUUAUUGUGAGGAUAUCAAAACGGAAACUGGACCUCCUGCUGGAGUAGUUAUCAUCAAAUGCCCAUAUGAUGCACAGUAUGCACACAGACACAAGUACUUCUGCAAGGGUACAGGAUGUGACAUCAUUGUAUCUGAUGAAGAGAAUGGACAGCCAACCUCUCAGAGACUGAACCUGACUGACAAUAAACAGGAAAGGAACUUCCUGGUGACCAUGACUAACCUGACUGGGGAGGACACAGGAGUGUACUGGUGUGCAGCUGGAGGACCAUCACCAUCAAACACACCAGACCUGCUCAAGGAAGUCCACAUACAGGUGAAUCCAGUCAUUGGAGACAUUGGAGAUUCAGCAACAUUCAGAUGUCCAUAUGCAGAGGGCUAUCAGAAUAACAGCAAGUGUCUCUGUAAGGCGAAGUGUGACUUCUGGGCAAUCAACUGUGUGAUUAAAUCUGAACAAGGGCAGACUCAGGUUGAAGAUGGACGAUUCUCUCUGUAUGAUGACACCGCUGCCAGAGUGUUCAUUGUGACGAUCAGAGGACUGAAAGCCGAGUAUUCUGGGAAGUACGUUUGUGCAGUCAUUACUGGAGUAAAUUUGGUAACCACUGAGCAGGAGUUACUUGUCAGAGAAGUGGUGGCAGGAGAUGAAGGAAAGUCUGUCAUCAUCACUUGCAAAUAUCAAGCGGUACGGACCAGCAAAACUGUACCCUCAUAUUUUUGCAGAGCAAAAGAUGCUGGGUGUGACUUGAAAGAUUUCCUGGUGUCAUCACUGGCUCCGAAUCAGGGCAAAUAUAUCUUAAAUGAAGAUAAUAAUCUGCAGCCUGAAUCUUCUGCCAGAAUCUUCAAUGUGACCAUCACUGACUUAAGAGCAGAGGAUUCUGGGAUAUAUUGGUGUGGAGAAGUCGGACAAGAAACAAAGACUGUGGUCAGACUGGAGGUCAACAAAGCGUCUACUGAUGUGACUCUUAUUCCUGACCUAUCAACCACAUGGCCAUCACCUCCGACAUUCAUGUUCCCAGUGCAUCCAGUCGACAACUCAACAUCACCUGGUUCAACUCCCAUGAUCCUCUCUGUGUCUCUGAUUGGUGUGGUGGUCGUAGUGGCAACUGCAGUGUUCCUGCUUUACAGGCACAAGAGAAAGAAGACACACGAACUUCAAUCCAAUCAUACAAGCACCAGAAGCAACAGCCAGGUUCCUCCUCCGGACAGCAUGUAUGAAGAGAUUAAGGAUACCCAUGGCCCACCUCUCUCAGAAACCAGCACUGUGUAUGCCACAGCUCAAUUACCCACAAUGCCCUCUGACGACCCUACAUACUGCACUGCUGAGUUACCCACAAACCCUGGCGCUGACAUUGCCUACUCCACAGUGAGUUUUGGUGAAGGCCAAGACGGUGCAGCCAUUGCUUUCAGACAAGAAAACUAUGAGUACUCAAUGCUUAGCUCAGACCAGUAAAGCACAGCGAAACACAUCAAACACACGAAAACACACAAUAUUUUAUUAUUGUUCUCCUAUUGUUUACGAUUCUCUCUCUCUGCGAUUCUCUAGCUUUCCAUCAUGUCCACUAAUGAUGCUUGUUCUGGGUGGUGGGUGGUGGGUGGUGGAGUGAGUUCUUCAGGGUUAGCUCAUGUUAUGUAUUGAGGUCGUUCUGAUCUGCUGGCCACCGUAGUAAUUAGGAAUUGCACUAUUCUAGUUUUGAUAUAUGCCGACCACCGUAGUUAGGAAGUUAUAGUGCUUAUAGAGUUGUAGCCUAUAUAUGCACGCCUGGACAAGCUAGGUUGAUGUGUUGUUCCUGAUUGUAAUGAUGCACGUAACUUCAGUAAACGUUCCUAAACAUUAAGCCUGGUGUCGGCUUGUUCCUCUGCCACAACCGACUUAACAGUUCAUAUCAGUAAAGCACACACACACCAACAACAACAUGAACGCACCACACACUGCACACCGCACACAUCACACACUGGCCCUGACAUGAGCACACUGCACUCCACACAGCACACCAACAACAACAUUAGCGCUCUGCAAUCUGGAAAAAAAAUGGACAUUGCCAGUUAAAUGCAUAGUUAUAAUUUCCAUAUUCUGCAUUUUCUCUAUACCAGCUUGUGUGACCACCUUAUGAUGGUUGACCACCUGAGGGUAUGUUUUCGCAAGAGUUUUGCUGAUCUGGGUGGUACGGUAUGGUACACCCGGCUUUCAAUAUUAAUUCAGCUGAUUUUGAUUGUCGUAUUACCUCAAGCUGGUUAUUUUAGCUGCUGGUCUUACAUUGCUGGUUUAACUGACCAUGGCAGCUAGCAAACCAGCAUGACCUUACAGCAACAAUCCCAAGCAGACUGUUCACCAGCAUGACCAUCUUACGCCAGCAUGAUCAUCUUACACCAGCAUGUCCACCUGGUGGCCCAAAUAGUUACACUAGCAAAGACCAGCAAGAGCUUACCUUUAAUUUUAUUUUUCUUUCCUGCUAGUUGAAUGUCAC